AUGCCAGAUACUUCAUUUGAAUUUCCAUUGAUGCAUGGAUUCCCUCCAUUUUAUACACGGCAGCCCACCGAGGCCACUUGGGAGAGUCAGAUUGGACAAUGGUCCCAGGUCAUCCUAAACUAUGCACGCCAUCAUCGCAUCUUCAAACUUGAUCUCCAACAGUCAACAUCUCCAGGUGGAUCAGACUUGUUUGAGAACACAAAAAUCAAGCGACGUCUUUCGUUUGAAACACUCCAAGAGAUUAUCCAGGCCAUGACUGUUCAAGGUACAGCUGAAUGGGAACAUGGGCCCAAAGGACCGAAAGAUCACGCAUAUAUAUUUUGGCGUAGGCCAGAGGAAUGGGCUACUUUGAUUUGGGAGUGGGUAAAUACAAAUGGCCUGAACAACACUGUCGUGACAUUGUAUGAAAUUACAGAAGGGGAUCUUUCUGAGGGACAAGAAUUUUAUGGAAUUGACAGCCAGGUAUUGAUCAUGGCCAUCAAGGUGCUUGUCAAGAGAGGAGACGCCCAAUUGCUGGAGGGCAAUGAAGGAUACAUGGGUGUCAAGUUCUUUGGAUAGAGUAUUAUAUUCCUCACAGAAGCUUGUAAAGAAAACUGGUUAAAUAUAUCAUGUACCAAUCUCAAAUACUUGCUUCAGUUCACAAUGAAUCAGAAUCCUUUGUGUCUUUAUCACCAUACUCUUCCUUCUCUUUGUGUCUGUAUGUGUCUUACACAUCACUAAUGGAAUAAACUUUUAAUAUCUACCUGUAUGGUCUUCAGAUAG